UUAAUAUUAUAAAUUGCAGAAGGUUUAGAUACAGAAAACAUGGCUUGGGUAAGAAAUAAAAGUCAUGAAGCCGGAGGUUUUCCUUUAAUUGAUAAAAAUUAUCGUAGAUCAUUAACUGCUGAUUGGACAGAAUUAUUUGAGAAACAGUUCAAAACGUACAUAAUUGACUUUCCUUUAUCGAUAAGCAUAUUUGCAAAUCCACUAGACACUAGUGAAAAUAUAAUACAUAUUUCUCAACCAGCUUUAGAAUCGGAAUUACCAGAACUACAGAAAGAUGCAUUAUAUCUAAUUGCAACUGCCUUCCAAAGUCAUCCGAAUAAUGCUUCUAUCUUAAAAGAUAUCGAUGAUAUAUUUUGGUUAAAAGAAAAAGUUACUAAUGUAAGAAAUGUCAUACAAAAAAAUAAUAAUAAUACUGAAUUUAAAUCGAUUAGAUUAAAGAAUAUUGUAGUGUUAAUCAAUUAUAAAUUAAUAGAAACGAAUUAUUGA